CCCCCCCCAAAAAAUGUUCUUUAAUUUUUAACACUUUGAACAGAAAUGUAUGGGAAGAGGACAUACGAAUGCAGACUUUCCAGUCUGUGGAAGCCUUUCUUAAGUAAAUGUGAAAAAAAAUGACACUGCAACAAAGCGUGGCCUACUUUUCCUGUCCGGGGGUAGAAAUGAGCAAGCAUGCAGAAAUGUUUUCUUUUUUUUUUCCUUUUUUAACUGGGGGCUUCUUGUUACUACUAUGGCUCUCAUCUUUAAUAUUCUCACAUUGUUGAUCUCAUUUGACACUGUGGGCUCCAGAGCGAAGUGUGGAAGAAGCUCUCAAGUGAGAGGCAAACACGUGCAGUCACAAUGUCCCAUCGCUUUGGCUGACAUUAAAUUUACACGAGUAAAUUGCUGAGCUGCCCGUCCCCUCCCUUGUUCCGCAAGACGGAAUAAACGCGAACUUUCACAGUUUGGGUUCAAAUUUUGCCUGGAAAUGACAAAUCGGAAGUAGUGGAUGAGCAUUAAUAUGGUUAAGCAUUGAAAUUAAUAGCUUUUUAAAAUAAAAAUAAGCUUUUGAGAUUGUGUGAAGCAGAUUAUUUAAAGUAAACUCCAGUCAAGUGUGUGAAAUUGUGUUAAAACAAGAUGUCUGAUUAAAUAAAAGUGCUUACAAACUAAACCUUUUUAACACUUAAAAAUAUAAAUCCAAACUGUAUAAAUCUAUUUAAGCAUAAAUCUAAGGACUGGGGAAGUAAUGUGGCGCCACUCUGCCAGAGAGAGGUUGCUGUCUCUUUAAGUUCUCUCUGUAAUUCUUGUUCACAUGGCCAUAAAAAAAGAGAUCAAGCUUGAAGUCAUCCACACAAACACAAGCAGGGGAAGAAAAAAUGUUCCCUGGGAUUUUGAAUUAUACAGCAGCGGCUUCCUGUAUUUUACACCUGGGCACAGGGAGGGAGGCACAUCUGAGCCUUAAAGACAGAGCCCCGCUGAAGAGUGACCACAAGUUCUUUUUUGCCUUUCCAGCUUCAUUUUUGUCGUUUCCAGUUUUGCCGCGUCUUCUAAUUAGGGAUGCUGCUGCAGAACUUGCAUUUCCUCUGGACUUUCUUUGUAAUUUUGCUGCAAGUCAGAUCUGGGUUCUGUAAGGAGGUGAAGUUCCCCAGCAGGACGCUCAAGCCUCCUUCUCCGUCGGAUUUUUUGGACAAACUGAUGGGACGCACAUCUGGCUACGAUGCUCGCAUCAGGCCGAAUUUCAAAGGUCCACCUGUCAAUGUCACCUGUAACAUCUUCAUCAACAGCUUCGGAUCCAUCACGGAAACAACCAUGGACUACAGGCUAAAUGUAUUUCUACGGCAGCAGUGGAAUGACCCACGUCUGGCCUAUAAAGAAUACCCCGACGACUCUCUGGACUUGGACCCCUCCAUGUUAGACUCCAUUUGGAAACCUGACCUCUUCUUUGCAAACGAAAAAGGAGCAAACUUCCACGAGGUUACAACUGACAACAAACUCCUGCGGAUAUUCCAGAACGGGAACGUUCUCUACAGCAUUAGGCUGACUCUCAUUCUGUCUUGCCCUAUGGAUCUGAAAAACUUUCCCAUGGACAGCCAGAUGUGUACGAUGCAGUUGGAGAGCUUUGGCUACACCAUGAAUGAUCUUAUAUUUGAGUGGCUGGAUGUUGGAGCGGUGCAGGUGGCCGAUGACCUGAUGCUCCCUCAGUUUGUGCUGAGGGAGGAAAAGGGGUUGGGGUACUGCACCAAGCACUACAACACAGGUACACAACCGGAAACAAUACUUCUGCCCCUUCUUUGUGUCUGUUAUUCACUUUUUUUCACUCUUUGGUUAGGUAAAUUCACAUGCAUUGAGGUCAAAUUCUACCUGGAGCGUCAAAUGGGUUACUACCUGAUCCAGAUGUACAUACCGAGCCUGCUCACUGUGAUCCUGUCCUGGGUGUCGUUCUGGAUCAACAUGGAUGCAGCUCCAGCCAGAGUGGGACUGGGAAUCACAACCGUGCUCACCAUGACCACACAGAGCUCAGGUUCAAGGGCGUCCCUACCAAAGGUCUCCUACGUCAAAGCCAUUGACAUCUGGAUGGCAGUGUGUCUCCUUUUUGUGUUUGCCGCCCUGCUGGAGUACGCAGCUGUUAACUUCGUCUCACGGCAGCACAAGGACUUCUUCAGAGUGAGGAAGAAGCUCAAAGAGCAGCAGCGACUGAGAACUCAGGGAAGCACUGACAGCAAAGUGAAAGGAAACAACACACCAGGAAACAGUGCUGCUCAGGGGAAUGUAAACCAGCGGUGCAGUGCCUGUGCCAGGGAGGAGGAACUGGCACAGCAGGGUUACCUCCUCCAAAGCUUUGGCCUUGCACUCUCAACAGAAAGAGGCCCAGAAAUGGAUGCAACACCCGUCUUUGCAGACCUGCCUCCCGGUUUGGGCUUCUACGAAAUACGGAGGCGCUUCGUGGAACGGGCAAAACGGAUUGACACCAUUUCCCGAGCAGUUUUUCCCAUGAGCUUCCUGGUGUUCAACGUGCUCUACUGGCUCACUUACAAAGUUCUACGACACGAGGAUGUUCAGGUCACCAAGUAAAAACACGUGCAGUCUGAGGAAUCACCAAAAUCCUCUGCUCUCUUCACUGAAACAUUUACAGAGUCAGAGGCCUCUCUGCUGAAGCUGCACAGGAUGAAAUCUGACUGCAUGUGCAGAGCUGCUGGGAAGCUCCCUGACAUGGAAGAAUCUGCUGGUUUCUUUUAAACUUUUAUUACUUCCAAAGGAAUGCACUUUGGUUAGCACUUGUGCUUUCUGGAUUACACGUAUGUAUGUGUGCAAAUGGCAACUGUCAACCCACUUUCCAAGAUAUUUGUAAAAUUCCUGGAGCUUCUUUUAUAUGUGGACAUCAAGAUUUGAGCUGUUGACUUACUUAUUUAAACCGGUACAUUCACCUGCGGGUCAUCCUCUCCUUUAAUUCAGAUGAUUUAAGAUGAGUUAGGAUUCCCUCUGAUAGAAAAUGUAUUAAUUAAAAAGACGGAAAUGUUUUAUAAUGUUUUUUUUGUUGGUUUCAAACUAAGCAGUCAGUAUUUAUGUUGAAAGAAAAACUUCCGAUUUUCAACAUGCAAUCAAAUAAUAAGCAAAGAAAAUAUAUUUCAUUACAAAAAAGAAUUGCACAAUGCAUAAUUUUAUAUUGUUUUUUUUUUAAUUGCUCACUCAGUUGUGCUGUUGCACGUGAUCCUGUACUGAAAUUCUGCACAUAGCUUGAAUUCCUCUGUCAGGUUGUCAGAAUGGCUGCUCAAAUUGUGUUUAACAAAACUCAUACUUUUUUCAGCAAUAAGACAUGAAACAAAUUGUUAAUUCUUUGUUGGUAAAUUGAUAUAACAAAUGUGAAAUACAGUGAAUGAUUUUUAUUAAACAAAUUUUUAUUUCUUAUUUCCAUUAUUGCAAAGAUCUUUAAUUUUACCCAUUUAAAAGCCAUCUGAGGGAACAGUUGAUAAAAAGAAAAAAGUGACAGAAGUGGCUCUAAACCUGCCAGCAUAUUUAUUUUAAGAAGGGUGUGACUUCAGAAUGUGUUUAAGCAAGUACCUGGAGAGUACUGUUCUCUAGAAACCUCCCAUUUUAAAAAUAAAUCUUGCUGUUAAAUGAAGCAGUCAUAUGAAUAUUUCAUUUAAAAAGUAGCUGUCAAGUGGAAGAGGGCCAGGACUGCAUACAUCAGCAGUAAAAGUGUGUGAGCUUUAACUGAACAGAAGGAAAUACAUGAAUCAAGGUUGUUUGAUUCUUAACUUUUAUUAUUUGUGAAUAUUCAUUACUUUUAAAUAUCUAAUUAAUUGUAUUUUGUUUUAUAAAAUAGUGGUUUAUGGUGUAUGCAGUGUUGCAACUGUAUUGUGUUUAUCCUAAACUAAAAAAAAUGAGUUAGUUGUGAUCUGAAAUGUAUAUUUAUGCCAAAUUAGAAAUUUAUUUAAGUGGAAAUAAUUGAAGAAUUUCCAUUCAUGGACACUAGAUGGCACUGUUUCUACAAGUAUCUGAACGCGCGAAAUGUUCAAAUAUGCCAGACUACUCCCACUUUUAUUUUGAAAAGUAAGGCGCCUUAAUUAGCCCUAAACCUCAACAAACUAUGGAUGUAUAUAUAUAUAUAUAUAUUUUAUUUUUUUUAAAUCCACUUCUUGUAUUUUUUAUUUUGGCAUAAACAAUAAACAACCCUAUUGGUGUUUCUUAACAUUUAUGAAUACAGUCCUUAUUGUAUUAAAUCCUAUAAAUUAAAAAUAGUUUAAAUUAGGGCAAAACCACUUAAAGCUAAGUUUUUUAUUCCAAAACUGGUCAAAUUUUGCACAUUUAAUAAAGUCCAACAUUUUAUGUAUCUCAUCAGUUUUA